GAGAGAGAGAGAGAGAGAGAGCAUGGAUUUGGGCAGGGCUGUGGUUACCCAGCAUAAGCUUGCCUUUUCCUUCGGUGACUACACCCCGAGAGGAGGAGCGUAGUAGGCGUCGGGAUCCUCAAUUUUUCAACUUAGCAUCUUGGCAGGACAUUUUCCCAAGCAAAGCCCCCCGUCCGACGGGUAAAAAAAAAAAAAAAAAAAAACUUCUGCGCGGGCAUGAGAGCGACGGUGCAACUCAGAUAAGAAGGGAGCAACAGCAAAACAAAAAGCAAAAAGAGAGAAAAAACUAAACUAAACCAGACAAAAAACAUCCGACGAGGCUGCUCGGCUGACUGGCUGGCUGGCAGCGACCAAAAAAUAAUCCAUCCAACAUCCGAGCCUCGUUUUAUUUGAUCACUUUUACUUUUUUUUCUUUUCUUUUCUUUUUUUUUUUUGUGGUGCCUUCACCAUUGUCAUUUAGAAGAGAAGGUGGUGGGGGGAGAGAGAGACAGACAGCGGGGUCUGCAGACAGACACACGGCUCUAUGCGCUCCGGCAGCAGCGCAUGAGAAAAUAAAGAAGGGGGGAAAGUGCGCAAGUUAAGUGGCUCACACUCUCCGGGCUCCAGCAUGGCGUAUCCUCAGGGCUACUUGUACCAGCCGUCCGCUUCCUUAGCCCUGUACUCCUGCCCUGCGUACAGCACCAGCGUCAUAUCGGGACCCAGAACCGAGGAACUUGGGAGAUCCUCUUCGGGAUCCGCUUUUGCGCCCUAUGCCGGAUCUACUGCGUUCACCAGCGCCUCGCCAGGCUACAACUCCCACUUACCGUACAGUGCAGACGCGGCGGCAGCUGCCACAUUCACCUCGUACGUGGUGAGUAAACUAAAGAGCUCUCCGUACGACCACACCACGGGCAUGGCCGGCUCAAUAGGAUACCACCCUUACGCAGCACCCUUGGGCACCUACCCUUACGGUGACCCGGCGUACCGUAAAAACGCAACCCGGGACGCCACCGCCACCCUGAAGGCCUGGCUCAACGAGCACCGCAAGAACCCCUACCCGACCAAAGGCGAGAAGAUCAUGCUGGCCAUCAUCACCAAGAUGACCCUCACCCAGGUGUCCACCUGGUUCGCCAACGCCCGGAGGAGGCUAAAGAAGGAGAACAAGAUGACCUGGACCCCCCGGAACCGGAGCGAGGACGAGGAGGAGGACGAGAACAUCGACCUGGAGAAAAACGACGACGACGAGCCGAGCAAGCCCACGGACAAGGGAGACUCCACAGACACAGAAGCAGAUCAUAAACUGCUGAACCCAGGGGACAUAGGCUGUGACAGAUUUAAAGAGGAAAACCACGGCAAAGACACGGAUCCCCUUCUGAGCGACUCGGAGUUAAAAGACCAGGAGGAGCGGACUACGGAGCUGCUGCUGCCGGAUUCCGCGAAACCCACCACUUCGUCUCCCUCGGCGGUGCCCCGGGGGAACCAGCCCGUUGCGCAGCAAGACAAGCCGUCAGAUUUGAGCCAUGCGCCGGGAACGGUGACCAGCAACGUGACCUCUGUUAUCCACUCGCCCCCCUCGGCCCCCAAACCCAAACUCUGGUCCCUUGCGGAGAUCGCCACGUCCUCAGACAGGUGUAAGGGCAGCGGCGACGCGCCACAGGCUUGCCCCGGUCUGGGCCAGAGCGCGGUCAUGGGCACCAACGCGUCUCCAUCACGGUCCUCCCCUCAGUGCCCGCUCCCCAACAGCACGGUCCUAUCCAGGCCUCUGUACUACACCUCCCCUUUCUACCCCGGCUACACGAACUAUGGUGGCAGUUUUGGACACCUUCACAGUAACCACGGCUCGGUGACCACGGGCUCCACGGCACAUUUCAAUGGAUUAAACCAGACUGUGUUAAAUAGAGCAGAGGCUUUGGUCAGGGAGAGCCAGAAAGUCAGAGGCCAAACGCAGGUAGAUCUUUGUAAAGACUCCCCUUAUGAACUAAAGAAAGGUAUGUCAAACAUUUAAUACCUGAAUAUUUUCCAACUCACCUGCGGACUUUUAUUUAUUUUACCAUUAUUAUUAUUAUUUUCUUUUUGUGGUUGCAUUAAAAAAAAAAGAAAGAAAAAAAUUACAAGAACAAUGAUGAAGCAAAUUCUGAGAACAGUUAUUUUCUGAGUAAAUGCUUAUCCUCAAAUUUUUAGUUUCUGAAUGGUUAAUCCUACAAAAAAAAAAAAAAUGUAACAAGAAUGGUCUUAAAUCGCUGCAGCCGCCUGAGUCUAUUUGUAUUAAAAGACUAACAUGUAUAUUUAAUGUAGCAUUUUUGUAUUUAAAAAAAAAUGGACAACACACUAUCUUUGAAGUAAAUUAUGGAGAAAAAAAAUA